AUGCAAGUCCAGACUCCCACCGAGGCCCCCGCGGUCGAAACCGCAAUCCUAAAAGAAAGCAUCACCACAACCGUGCCAGUAACCGAGACCCCUCCCCCGACCCUCCGACCCCUCUACUUCGCGUACGGCUCCAACCUCUCCUUCACACAGAUGCGCCUCCGCUGCACACACAACCCUACCCUCUCCUCCAAACCCGUCGCCAUCGCCCGGCUGGACCACUGGCGCUGGAUGAUUUGUCAGGCCGGGUACGCGAACGUAUUGCCGCCGGCGGAACUACGGAUCGGACGACAAUUCAGCGAGGGGGGCGAGGUCCCCGUGUCCGGGAGUGAAGAUGCCGUGUUUGGGGUGUUGUAUGAGAUGGAUCCGGCGGAUGAGUUGUUGCUGGAUGGGUAUGAGGGUGUCGAUCAUGCGGCGGGGCCGUCGCGGGUUGGCGGGAAGGUGUCUGUUGAGAUUCGGCCGAGGGAGCAGGGGGUUGGAGACUAUAAUAAGUGGUAUUUGCCGGCGACGGUGACGCGGUGGCUGGAUGAGGAGCAGCGCGUGUUGAGGAUGGGUGCGGCAGCGGUGGCCGGGUCCGCGCCGCAGGUUACGACGGUGCUGGUGUACGUGGAUGAGGAGCGGGUGAGGCUGGGCUACCCGAAGGAUGAGUACAUCCCGCGCAUGAACCGGGCGAUUCGGGAGGCCGAGUCGAUCGGGUUCCCAAAGCACUGGGCAAACGAGGUUAUGAGGAAAUCGAUACCGUUGAACUAG